AUGGAAUCGGAUUGGAACGUUGACGUCGUCGGGAGAGAAUUCGUGCGACAAUAUUACACCAUUCUCAACCAAAGGCCCGACUGUUUGCACCAAUUUUUCACCGAGGAUUCAAGUUAUGUCCAUGGUGGCAUUGAGAAGGCAGGCGAAGAGAGGCCUGCAUAUUAUGGACAAUCAGUCAUCCACGACAGAAUAGUGUCCAUGAAUUUUUGUGACGCUCGCACAAAAAUCAGACAGGUAGAUUGCCAGAGGAGUGUUAAUGACUCAGUUCUUGUCCAGGUCUCCGGGGAGUUCUCGACGAAUGGCCUGCCAAUGCGACGAUUCAUGCAAUCUUUUGUAUUAGUACAGAAAACUCCAAAGAAUUUUUACGUACACAACGAUAUUUUUCGUUACCAGGAUGAGGUGUUCCAUGAUUUUAUGGAUGGCCUUGAUGACGGAAUCAAUUAUGAAGAGGAAUAUGUCAUAAUAAGAGACGAGAGGCCUGAAGUGGUGAAUGUUGAAAUGAAGUCAUCAACUGUUGAUGUAACUGGGAAGGAUUUGCAUGUUCUAGAGGACAGGGUGAACAAUGCACCAACUGCUUACUUGGGAGCUUCGAUGGAUUCGGCUGGACAGCAAGAUUAUCCAACUCCUCCCAUUGCUGCAGUGGUAGCCAAUCAGACGAAACUAGAUCAUGCUAUCAAUCAGCUGAGUGAGCAUCUCGAUGGGCAGCAGCAACUUAAUGGACACGUUGAUUUGGCCAGUCCAACCAAUGAUGAGACAUCGAUGACAGCGGUUGUUGAGCAGAUGAUUAAAAGCGAACAUGCCACUCCACUCGAGGUUCCAACUUCUGCCCCAACACCAGCUAUUCCUGUUGAGGCCACUGAGGUCAAGGUGGUUGAUGAGGAGAAGCCAACUAAAAGUAACUCAAGCCAGGCACAAAGUCUGCAACAUCAGCCACCACAACAGCAGCCACAGCAGCAGCCACAACCACUGGCUGCUCCUAAGGUGUUCUCCUGGGCAUCACUGGCCAGCAAGAACACGACACCCUCUCCAAACGUGGCCACGCCCUUACAGAAGCCCCAGGCAACCAUCAAACCAGAGAGGAAGACUGAAACAGCUGCUACUCCCCAUCAACAUCAGCAUGCAGUUGCUAAUGGAAUCAAUGGAGGCUCAAGGCAACAUCAACAAGCUCAAAACAAAUAUCCUCAGUCUGGGGAUAAGAAGUGGUCUGAGAGCACGCCGCCAUCAUCCAUCUCCCCGUCGACCAACAAUGAUGAUUCCAGUGGCAAGGCACCACCUGCCUUCAUACCUGACAACCAGCAACUCUUCAUUGGCAACCUCCCACACACCAUCACUGAGCAGGAAAUAAAGGAAUUGUUUGAAAAAUUUGGAUCUGUCAUUGACAUAAAGAUCAACAGAAAAGGAGCAACAAGGGAUUUGCCUAAUUUUGGGUUCGUAGCUUUUGACAGCCAUGAAGCAGUUGCCAAAGCCAUGAAAGCAAAGCCAAUAAUGUUGCACGGGAAGCGUCGCAUAAACAUCGAGGAGAAGAAGGACCAAUCCGGAGGAGGAGGAGCCAGAAGGCCACCAAUGAGAGGAAAGGGGGCAGUGGUAAACAAACCCAGUGGUGGCAACAGCAGCAGCGGAGGAGGAACUACGGGAAGAGUUGGAUCCGGUAGUGGCCCUAAUUCUAAUCCCCAUGAUGAAGAUCAUUAA